AUGCCGAAAUCUAGAUUGCUUGUCGUAAAAGAGAACCUAUCCAAGUACAGGACAAUAGAUGGGGAACGAGAAGAAGGGUUUGACGGUCAUCAGGAAUGGAAUGAUGAAGACCCAUUGCUAUUAGACGCAAUAUCAUAUUUCUACAAAGCUGUUAAAAACAAGUUCUACUCAGAAGUACGGUCAUUUUUGAGCUAUCUUCUACCUUUGGGUAGUGAGGAUGGAAGACUUCAAGCUAUUCAGAGUCUUCUUCUGAAUACAUCAUCCGAAGAAUCGUUGAAAGAAGCUCUUCUUCUCUCUGUUGCAACUGGCAGUCGUCCUCUUGUUGAGUUUGUACUUGCUCUAUUCAUAGAUUGUCCAUUUUUGGAGCGUAGUGGUUGUGCAAACUCUGCUCACUUUCCUCCUCACAUGACACCAUUGAUGCUGGCUUGUAUUCUGAAUAAUUUUAGUAUCGUUCAAUGCCUGUUGCUUCGAGGUCACACCAUUCAGAUUCCACACUUUCUUACAUGUGAAUGUCGGCUAUGCAAACGCCAAACAGUGACAAACCGAUCUCCUGCUCUUCUAGUCGACGUCAUGCGUGCAAUUUCCUCUGAAUCGUAUCUCUGGUUAGCCACAAGUGAUGUCUUUGCUUCAGCAUGCUCGAUUGCUCAUGAUCUACAACACCUGAUUAAAGAUGAUUGUUUGGAACACGUGGAAAUCUAUCGUCAUCUAGAAGCAAAUGUUCAACGUUUUCUGACACGAGUUUCAGACCAAGCAUGGAGAUCAGAAGAGUUCAAUCUUCUGGUUGCAAAUAAGAGCUACUGUGACAAGCGAAUGUCUGAUAUUUCUUCACCUCGCCUUCAGAUGGCAAUGGAUUCUGAAAUGAGACAAUUCACAUGCUCAACCAAUUCACAGACAGCGUUCAAAUCAGUGUUUCGAGCAGAUUGGCUCAACUUUGGUAACAAGCCGAAACGAGACUUGUGGCGUUCACUUCGUGCAACUAUUUUUAUGCCAGUUAUAAUCAUGAUGCACAUGAUAUCCCUUGAAAAAGGAACUACGAUGGCUGUUCCACUUGCUCGAUUUAUUGCUCACAUCACCACCUAUAUCAUUUUCCUGAUUCUGGCAAUUGCUCGUGUAACAAUUCCCUUUUAUAUAGACGGUUUUGAUGGCAUUGUAGUCACUCAAACCAUUGAAUACCUCAUUUACGCCUACAUGCUUGGAUUAUUCUUGGAACGAGGACUACUGUUUUAUCGGGUUGGAAGUGCGGCUUUUUUCGCUUUCUGGUGGAGAUGGUUUGAUGUUGUUCUGAUUUCCUCAUUUUUAAUCUCGUUCGUCUUCUUCAUUGGCACACUUUCCGAAAGAGAACUUUUCGAUCCAUCCGAAAUAGAUAGAAUGCAUUGGCCAUCGGGAGAAUUUAAAUUAAUUCAUGAGAUAUUCCUUUCGAUUUCUUGUGUUCUUGGAGUUUCUAAAUGCUUCUACUACAUUCAAACAAUCAAGGGAAUCGGAGGAUCUGUGAUAUCAAUUGGAAAAUGUGUCGGAAAAACGUACACAUACCUUCUGAUCAUGGCCACUAUUAUUAUCUCAUUUUCUGUUGGUCUCAAUAUACUCGUCAGUCCAUAUUUGAGUCGAAAAUCGAUUCACAAAGAGAACACUCCAGAAGCCAUAACAACGCAGUCUUAUGAUUCAAUUGGGACAUCGUCAAAGAAUCUGUUCUGGUCGAUUUUUGGAUACCUGGGACCUUCAACAUACGUCACAGUCGUUGGAAACACGGGAUCCAACAUGGACCCAGUUUCUCAUCAACUCAAUUCGGCAACUCUGGAAAUUCUUGGAGCUCUCUAUCACGGAAUUAUUAUCAUCACGGUACUCAAUUUGAUGACGUCACUGCUUGUCAAGAAAGCUGACGAGGUGCUUGAUAACGAAGAAAUGGAAUUCAAAUAUACACGAGCAGCAAUGUACGCAGAAUUUGUAUCCUGGGAGAUGGCUGCGCCACCACCGUUCAAUCUAUUUUGUGUCAUUGCUCAUAGCCUCCACAGAAAUUUGAAUCGUUCUUUGGAACAAAAACCAGCCAAAAAUCAGGACGAAGUAGAGAUUGAAGUUCAAUACUUGAGUCUUCUUAUCACUAUGUUCAAUAGAUUCUGUGCAGCUAAGGAAUGUAAAUACAAAACAAUUUGGAGAUCCGAGUUUGAUAAGGAAGAGAAACCUCCGAAUCACGUUUCGUUCAUGUCAUCUGGUCUUCAUGCUUAUUCAAUGGAUAACACUUAUGAAGGAUGGAGAAAAAGAGAAACACGAAGGAUGUUUGUUCCAGAAUAUGAAGAAUAUGGAAAUGAAAGCAAUAAGGAAGCUCCAAGACCUGAAGCACCCAAAGCGUCUACGGAUACAUCCAAAACGAUGCCCACAGCAGAUUCCAAUAGAAUGGCGGCGAAAGGAAUCACAUUUUUACCGGUUUAA